UCCUCCCGGGAGCCUCCGGGAACGGUUCCGGGUGGCGGAGGCGGGAUCUGCGGCGGCAUCGGGGAGCUGAGCCCGGCGGCACCAUGCGGUUCCGCUUCUGCGGGGACCUGGACUGUCCCGACUGGGUCCUGGCCGAGAUCAGCACCUUGGCCAAAAUCUCCUCGGUGAAGCUGAAGCUGAUCUGCGCCCAGGUGCUGCGGGACAUGCUGGGGGAGGCCAUGGAGUAUGAGAAGAUCCUGAAGCUGACCUCGGACGCCAAGUUGGAGUCAGGGGACGUGAAGGCCACCAUCGCUGUCCUGGGCUUCAUCCUCUCCAGCGCUGCCAAGCACAACGUGGACAGCGAGUCCCUCUCCAGUGAGCUGCAGCAGCUGGGGCUGCCCAAAGAACAUGCCAGUGGGCUGUGCCGGUCCUAUGAGGAGAAGCAGAGCUGCCUCCAGGACAGGCUGCGGGCCUGCAGCCUGAGACUGAGCCGGCUGGGCUCCGUGGGCUGGCGGGUGGAUUACACCCUCAGCUCCAGCGAGCUGUGGGAGGUCAACGAGCCACUCGUGCACCUGAGCUUCAACCUGCGGGAUGGGCAGUGCGGCAGGGCAGACACCAUCCCUGUCACCCUCUCGGCUGACAAGUUCCAGGUGCUGCUGGCAGAGCUGAAGCAGGCCCAGGCCCUGAUGAACACCCUUCUCUGAGAAGCCGCCGGGAGGGGCGAUGUUGGCAGGCGCCGGCACUGGAUGGCGGGGGGGUGUGCCCCCCAGGGAUGCCCGGCUGGGGAGGGGGCAGCCGGGGGCAGCUUUCCCCGUCCGGGAGCUCCAAUAAAGUGACAGUGACCAAGCC